GGUAAUACACAACCUGGCGGUCUUCCUCCACUCGGUGGCCCUGGUGGUGAUGAUAAGAAAGACGAUAAGGAUAAAGACAAGAAAAAAAAAUGGGAACCACCACUUCCCACACGUGUUGGUAAAAAAAAGAGAAGAGGUCCUGACGCUACGUCUAAAUUACCUGCCGUCUUUCCCACAACGCGGUGUCGAUUGAAACUUUUAAAAAUGGAACGUAUAAAGGAUUACUUAUUGAUGGAGGAAGAAUUUGUUCAAAAUCAAGAGAGAUUAAAACCACAAGAAGAAAAGGCGCAAGAAGAAAGAACCCGAGUGGAUGAUUUACGUGGAUCUCCAAUGGGUGUUGGCUCCCUGGAAGAAAUCAUUGACGAUGAUCACGCAAUAGUUUCUUCUUCUACGGGACCAGAAUAUUAUGUCAGCAUCUUAUCAUUUGCUAUGUCCGUUGUCGGUGUACUUCAAGAUGAUACAGACCCAAUGGUUAGCGUUAUGAAACUUGAAAAAGCACCUACAGAAUCAUAUGCAGAUAUUGGCGGCUUAGAACAACAAAUUCAAGAAAUUAAAGAAUCAGUAGAAUUACCCCUAACGCAUCCGGAACUUUAUGAAGAAAUGGGUAUUAAACCUCCAAAAGGUGUCAUCUUGUACGGAGUCCCAGGAACAGGUAAAACGCUUUUGGCUAAAGCCGUGGCAAAUCAAACAUCAGCAACUUUUUUGCGUGUUGUGGGUUCAGAAUUGAUUCAAAAAUAUCUCGGAGAUGGACCGAAACUUGUACGCGAAUUGUUUCGUGUUGCCGAAGAACAUGCGCCUUCCAUUGUUUUUAUUGAUGAAAUUGAUGCUAUUGGAACUAAACGAUAUGAUUCCAAUUCAGGUGGUGAAAGAGAAAUUCAAAGAACUAUGUUAGAGCUUCUAAAUCAGUUAGACGGAUUUGAUUCAAGAGGAGAUGUCAAGGUUGUCAUGGCAACAAAUCGUAUUGAAUCAUUAGAUCCAGCACUGAUUCGCCCGGGACGUAUUGACCGAAAGAUAGAAUUUCCACUUCCAGACGUAAAAACGAAACGUCGUAUUUUUAAUAUUCAUACUGGGAGGAUGACAUUGUCAGAUGAUGUUGAUCUUGAGGAAUUUGUAAUGUCUAAAGAUGACUUGAGUGGAGCUGACAUUAAGGCUAUUUGUACAGAGGCAGGUUUGCUUGCUUUACGAGAACGUCGUAUGAAAGUAAUCGCAGAAGAUUUCAGGAAAGCACGAGAAAAAGUCCUUUAUCGCAAGACUGAGGGCACACCUGAAGGACUUUAUCUCUAG